AUGUCCAAACCCACCAACAUCAUCCUCCUCCCGAAAUCCCACCCCUCCCCGUCUACAUGGCUCCAACUAGUCUCCCGCUACAAAGCCUUCCGCCUCCAAUCCCUCCUCCUCUCCCCCGAAAGCUUCGGCUCGACCCACGCCCGCGAAGCCGCGUUCCCGCCAGAGCGCUGGACAUCUCGUCUCGCGAACCCGCAAGCGAAUACCAUCAUCGCAGUUAACAAAUCCCCCAAUUCUCUGUCUGAAAACACUGAAGGAGACAUUGAUCUGGCCUUGGAGUCAGAAUGGCUGGCUUCGCUGGUCAUCACCGGGCCUCUAGACGCCGGGACGCUCGCAUCCCAGCUUCAUCUUGAAGAGUCCUUUGUAGACUUUGGAGAGGCGCAUCGGGAUGGUGAGGCGAGGGCCCAGUAUGUGCUGAACGGGAUGUACGUUAUCCCCUCUGCUCGAGGAAAGGGCAUCGGCGUCCAGAUGUUGGAGUAUGCAAAGCGCUUCGUUGCUGCUGAAGUCAAGCGUUCUGGUGAAAGGGGGCGGAUAUCUCUGAUUGUGGACUAUGAGAACCCCCCGGCGAGAAUUACGUAUGAGAAGUGUGGGUUCAACAUUGUGCACCGGUACUGGUUCGAUGAUUAUCGCGAGGGUCGAGAGGCUCGGACUGAGGCUGCGGUCAUGAUGAUUGAUCUUAAUGAUGAUGCGAAAGUUUAG